AAGAUGGCUACAAUAACAUAUUUGCCCGACGAUGUGAUUGUUAUUAUUUUGGAAAACAAAAGCAUCAGCUUAGAGGAUAUCAUGAAUUUUAAGUCCACGUGUAAAAGAUUCCAGCAGAUAACACUGUCCAACAAGUUUUGGGAAAAAAAAUAUUAUCAGAGCUGUCCUACUGCAGAAAAAAAGUAUGAUACAGAAAAACAAAAGCAAAUAUUUCACCAUAUCGAUUUCAAAGAAAGAAUGAAAGCAGGAUUAUAUUGUAUUCAAAGGUUACAAUAUUAUGAGUUUGUGAUGUCGGAAAAUAAAUUACGUAAUACUGACAAGGAACAAUUGGAGCAUCUCCUGCGUUUAAUCGCUGAAAAUUCUAUGGUAUAUUAUUUAGUAUGGGAUGAAAUAAAUAGAAUUUCUGCACAAAAAUCAUGCAAACUGUUUUCUAAUUUGACACGUGAAUAUAACAUUAAGCUAAUUUUUUACUACCUGAAACAGUAUCGAUUUAUAUAUAAGCAAAUGAAAUUUAUAAAUAAGCCGAAGACAAAAUUGCUUUUGGAAAAACAACUUACGAUCGUGGCGCAACAUUUUCAGCCACAUGUGUCUUAUUCGGGCGUAAAAAUGUGGCUAAAUGGAAUAGCGCAAACAAUACUAUGUCGUCUGAAAAGUAAAUAUCCAGCUCAUUCAAUUCUCUCUACGACUUUAGAGCAAUUUUCUUUUUGGAGAGAUAACAAUAUUGAUGACAAUUUCUGGAAUGAAACAGAAUCAAAGCAAAUUAUGUGUAUUCUCGAAGAAUAUAUAUUUUCCGAGUUAGAAAUCUAUGAGUUUCAUCAUUUAUUAAAGGCAUUAGAUCUCGAAGCCAAAUAUAUAAAAUAUAUUGCAGGAUGUUUUCGAAUAUAUCUAUUGACUGUCGCGUAUCACAUCGUCGCUAGAAGACUCGGCAUACGUAGCGUUCUGAGAACACAUGGAAUAGUUAUUGCAAUCAUAUGGAAACCAAAAUAUAAUACACACAAUUGGGAUAAUGCAGAGUACUUUUUUAUGAAUCAGAAUUACAGUUUAUUUUAUCCAUCAAACAUUAUCAGAGGGAGGUACCCAAGUAAUGAACAUUUACUAAUGGAGUCAUCAGAAUAUAUUUGGCUAACACGAGAGAUUAUGAUAAUUUACCGUAUAAAACUAGAAUGUUAUCAUAAUAUAUAUUGCAAAUGGAAUUUCAAAAUCUUCAAUUUUAAAUACAAAAAUAUUACAAAUACAAUAGAGGUUAGAUCUAACGCAGUGAAGAAACCAUUAAAAAGAAGGACAAAAAAUGUUAAAUUUGCCGUUGGAAUGAUCGUAAGGCAUACAUGGCAAGAUUAUUCUUGCAUUCAUAAUCAUGAUGGCAUAAUCAUUGGAUGGCAUCGUAAAUGUGACAGAAUGUUACGGGACAAAUUGGACAAGACUAUUAUGUUACCAUAUCUACGUCAAUGCUCUGAACAUUAUCACAUUUGCGAAUGUCAACAAUUUUCAGCCAGUGCCCAUCAAGUGCACUACAUCAUUCUUGCCGAGAAUAAUAGAAUAUGUUAUGUGCAACAAGAUCAACUAUCGAUAUGUUCACCAAAAAAGAUUAAUAACAUAGAAAUUGGAAGAUACUUCUCUAGCUUCGAAGGCACUUAUUACAUACCAAAUGAAAGCUUAAGAAAACAUUAUCCAAACGAUACCGCUGCAAUAGCCAAAAUACUUGUCAAGCAGUAGUUUUUAUUAUCUUAAAAUGUACAACACUUCUCUCAACAACAUAUUUCUUAAUUUAGUUCCCAUUAUGAAUGACACACACACACACACAAACAUAUACAGGGUGUUUUAUUUUAAUCGUCCCAGGCAAAUAUCUCGAAAAAUGUGAAAGAUAUGGAAAAACGUUUCAGACAAAAGUUGUUUGGUUCGAAGAGAGACAUAAGAUAGUAUUAUUGGUUUGACUUUGAGUGAACAUGCCAAGAGCAUAUGGAGUUCAACUUUAUUUUUUUAAAGAGAACUCUACAUUUUUUUAUUGCAUA